CCAUCUAUAUAUAAACGCACUCUCUCUCCCCCUCCUCCCCCCAACUGGUAUUCUUCUAACCGCUAUAUUCUUUAAAUUCACUGUGACCGAUCCACUUCACCUACUCGAUCAUCUUCCCAUUUCGUUACAGGAGAGAAUGGAACGGAUAAAGGUUGAAGAAGAAGAAGAGGUCGUGAUUGUCGGUGGCGGCGGUGGCGGUGGUUCAUCGCCUUCAUCGUCUCCGUUUUCAUCUCCGGCGUUGGCACCUCAACCAAUGGAGGGUUUGCAUGACACCGGUCCUCCUCCUUUCCUAACCAAGACCUACGAAAUGGUGGAGGAUCCUUCCACCGAUUCCAUCGUUUCAUGGAGCAGAGCUCGAAACAGCUUCAUCGUUUGGGAUUCCCACAUGUUCUCCAGUACACUUCUACCCAAAUACUUCAAGCACAGCAAUUUCUCUAGCUUCAUUCGUCAGCUCAACACUUAUGGUUUCAGAAAGGUUGAUCCUGAUCGAUGGGAAUUUGCGAGUGAAGGGUUUCUUGGAGGACAGAAGCAUUUAUUGAAGACCAUCAAGAGAAGGAGACAUGUCACUCAUAACAUCCAGCAUCAGCAAGGAGGACGAGGACCUUGUGUUGAAUUGGGCAAAUAUGGCGGCCUCGAAGCUGAAAGAGACAGAUUGAGGAGGGACCGUAACCUACUCAUGCUCGAAAUUGUGAAGCUAAGACAGCAACAACAAUCUUCCAGAGAUCAACUCGUUACCGUCGAGGAACGGCUACAAGGUACAGAGAGGAAGCAGCAACAGAUGAUGACUUUCCUGUGUAGGGCUUUCAAGAACCCAUCUUUUGUGCAACAGCUUAUUCAGCUAAACGAACAGAGCAGAGAGCUUGGAAGCGGCGGCAUUGGGAGGAAACGGAGACUACCUCCCAGCCGGAGCACCGAAAACUUACAGGAGGAGACUGCAUCGGUGGCUGCAGCGGCAGAAGCUAUAGGCUCUCCCCAAUUUGUGAAUUUCAUCGGUCAAUCCCAGGAAGAAGUGGCCACCGUUGAAUCAGAAAUCGAGACUCUGUUCUCUGCAGCCAUUGAAAAUGGGUCGAGCAGCGGAAUUAAGGGCGAGAAGGUUGAUGCCAACAUGAGCAUGAAUAAUAGCGAUCCCGAUUUGGGUAAUAGUGCUAGCGAUUUAGCGUGGGAGGAAUUGCUGAACGAGGAUCUGAUUGCUGGAGAAGGAGAAGAAGAACUAGAUUUAGGGAAUAGUCAAUCAGAAAUUGAUGUGGAAGUAGAGGAAUUGGUUGCUCAACGGGGGAAUUGGGGUGGAAAUAUGGAGGACUUAGUGGAGCAAAUGGGAUAUCUGGGAUCUAAGAAAACCUCAAACCAGGCUGGAUUGGAUGGGUUGCAGGUAGUAGGUUCCUGGUCUUAAUGUCAACAUCUGCAUCUUCGUCUGUGCUUCCCAUUUCUGUUAUCAGCAGGGGAAGGGUUUGAAGAUGCGGGAGAAACUAAGAUGGGUUUCUUUCUUUUGUGUGUAAAUAUGAAAAGGGUUCAGAACCAAGACGUGCUCUUCUUCCCUCUUAGGUAGAAUGGAGGAUUGUUCUCGUAGUCUCAGCUGCCAAUGUUUAUCCCAAUCGCUUCUCUGGAUUCCCUUUCCCUUUCCAUCCCCUCUUUUCUCUCAUACACUUUCUACCCUUUAUUUUUGGUGUUGAAGCUACUGUUAGUACAGACUGAAGCUUUUACUAAUUUUGUACAGCUUGGUGUUUAAUAACUAAUUUACGUAAAUCCAUCAGUUUUCAACUACAGGCGAAGGUUAUUAAAUCCCUUUUCUCUUUUGAGUGUGAGGGAAGCAUUCCCAAUUGGUUUCUGAUUUACAGAUUUCAGUGCUGGUUGCAGAUAAGCUAAUACAUGGGCAGAAGAGUUUGCAGACCUCAGAAAAAAACAACACUUGAUUAAAUUUACAGAGUCUGAUUUCACCACAAUGUUCAGAACCUCAACUCCAAAGCAAGCUGAAGACCUAACCUCAUGGCUGGAGGUUCAGAAAAGGGGGCAGAUCUGAGCAAAAUUUGUCAAUGAUCAUCCUUGAUGAGAGCACCAUAAUCACCAGUUAUACCUUUGAUAAAGGGAAUAUCAGAAUUCAGUUUAGCAUAUCCAUGUAUGGGAGUGGUUCAAAAUGAGAUUUCUUGCGAGGGAUUGUUGAUAGGAGUGUAGUCAAUGAAGGCUACCACCAAAUCCUUGCAUCAUCCUAUUAACAAAGGAUAGAGUUCCAUUAGGAUUAGUUGAAGCAUUUUUUUUUUUCUUGUGUGUCGGAUCUCCCAAGAGUAACAUCAAAUUGGGUUAAUUUCCUGCAA